AUUUCUCUGCAGCCAACUACAAGUUCUCAGUUGAUUUAAGCAAAAAGAUAAGUGCUUAGAUUUUCUUAUAUCAUUAGAAUAUCUAACAAAAGAGUUCUUGAAACCAAAAUAAGUCAAAAAAAGAAGAAACUAAGAUGAACUCUAGUAACAGUAAUAGUAGUGCUCCAAACUGGCUAGGUUUCUCCCUAUCACCUCAUCUGAAGACUGAGGAUCAUUAUCAACCUGCUGCUGCAGCUCAUAAUGUUUCUGCAAGCCUCUACAUCUCAGCAUCUUCUAAUGGUAUGGUGUCAAGUUCUUCCCCAAGAUUGGAGAAUUUCUUAGGAGGAGGGCAUCAUCAAUAUGAAAGUGGUAUAGAAAAGUAUCACUCUCUUGACAUUAUUCAGCAGCCCUUUAGUACACAAGAAGAGAUGCAAUACCUUUCUGGCCUAACUAGCCAGAAUAUAAUGUAUCAAACCUUGCCACAAGGAGAACACAGAGAAGAAGGCCAGGUUGGGGACUGGAUUCUGGGCCAGCAUAUGAUUUCCUCUGGCCUGAUUGUUGAUGUUGGUUCUGGUUCUGUUGGGUCAAUGGGCUGUGGGGAUUUACAGUCUUUGAGCUUGUCUAUGAGCCCUGGCUCUCAGUCAAGCUGUGUGACAGCAUCAAGGCAGAUCUCACCCACUGGCACUGUGUGUUUGGCCAUGGAGACAAAGAAGAGAGGAUCUGAAAAGAUGGGUACCAAGCAGCCCUCUCAUAGAAAGUCAUUGGAUGCAUUUGGGCAGAGAACAUCUCAGUAUAGAGGUGUCACAAGGCAUAGAUGGACUGGUAGAUAUGAAGCACAUUUGUGGGACAAUAGUUGCAAGAAAGAGGGGCAAACAAGGAAAGGAAGGCAAGGGGGUUAUGAUAUGGAAGAGAAAGCCGCAAGAGCCUAUGACUGUGCUGCUCUUAAGUAUUGGGGAGUUGCAACACAUAUAAAUUUCCAGUUGGAAAAUUACCAGCAGCAGCUCGAGGAAAUGAAAAAUAUGACCCGUCAGGAAUACGUUGCCCAUCUAAGAAGGAGAAGCAGCGGUUUCUCCAGGGGAGCGUCGAUGUACAGAGGGGUGACCAGGCAUCAUCAGCAUGGAAGAUGGCAAGCUAGGAUUGGCCGCGUUGCAGGAAACAAAGAUCUUUAUCUCGGGACAUUCAGUACCCAAGAAGAAGCUGCAGAAGCUUAUGACAUAGCUGCAAUCAAAUUCCGCGGGGUGAAUGCUGUCACAAACUUUGACAUAACACGAUACGAUGUGGAGAAAAUUAUGGCAAGCAAUACUUUGCUUGCUGGAGAGCUUGCAAGGCGUAACAAAGACAGAGAGACCACCAAUGACGCGAUCACUACAUUUGUUAGCCCGAUGAAAACUAAUAAUGAGGAAGGUAUCCAACAGGGGCAAAAUCCAAGCGUUUUGGAUUGGAAAGUGAUGCAGCAAAAACAAAAUGCUGCUGGACAGCAUUACAAGGACUCCGCUUUCUCAAUGGCCUUACAGAACCUGAUUGGCAGUGAGACGAACUCGAGUCAACUAAUAGGCAAUCAAGCAACUAAGAUCAACAACCACCAUUUGUCAACCCCUUCUUCUUUGGUCACAAGCUUGAGUAGUUCCAGAGAAGGGAGUCCUGAGAAAUCAGGCGCCGCGGUGAUACCCUUUGCGACGCCAUCCAUCUAUAGUUCUUGGAUCACUUCAUCUCAGUCAAGAGCAGCUCAAAUUUCUGCAGCUAACUUGCCAGUUUUUGCUGCCUGGAAUAGCUCUUAGAGGGUUUUGUCGCUUGUUGCAUGUGAAGGUUUUGCAUGAGGCAGAAAAAAGAGAAAAUUGAAAGAAAUGUUUGGUACGAUCUGUAGGAUGAUUAGUCCUAGUGGAGGACAUAGUGGGGCCGGUUAAUAUGUAAACCAUGUGAUUGGGAAC